GUGUUCUGUUGUCUGCAGGUAUUUUUGAUCUGACUGGGAAAUGAUAGCUUCUCAGUGCAGACAUCAGCUGUGACAGGACGACCAGCACAGACCUCUCUCAUCACACAAACACACAGACAGCACCAUGUCUUCCACGCUGGUCAUCAACCAGCCUCAGCCUCUGAUGGAGGUCCGAGACUCAGAUGAGUGGGGAUCUGGGAUAUGUGACUGCUUACAAGACCUGCCUGACUGCUGUUUUGCUUUCUGGUGCUGUCCCUGCUUCGCUUGUGGUAUCAGCGACAAGUACGGUGAGUGUCUCUGCCUCCCUCUGCUGGACUUUUUCACCUGCCUCAUCCCGCCCAUCACGAUGUCCAUGAGGGUCUCCAUGCGGCAGCGUUACGGUAUCAAAGGCACCAUGUUCAAUGACUGCGUAUGUGCGACCUUCUGCACCUCGUGCACCUGGUGUCAGAUGUCCAGAGAGAUGAAGAGAAGAAAGCUCCACGUCGUUCUGGUCAGUGCCAAAAACACCUGACCUUCCCGCGCUCGUCAUCACCACCAGGGCAGUCGGAUAUUUCAACAAACCACAGAAGGGAAGUUAACUAACUUUUUACACUAGACAAGUUGUUUUGUAUCAUGACCAGUGCCUUGCCUUGUCCGUCCCUUUUUAUUUUUUCUGCUGAGGCUAAAAAAAUAACCAUGGUUACAGUUUAAAAAUAUGUCCUCCUCUCCUUACUGGCCAGUAACUGGGGACAAAAUCCACAGUCCUCUUCUCAUGCAAAUUUUAAUUUCAAACUUCAGUUGAAAUGAACUGCGACAUGUUGACAGUUUGUGUUAAACAGAUCACAUCAUGUGGAUAUCUUCUAAAGUUGUUGUUUUUUUGUUUUUUUAUUUACCAAGACUGUUUCCUUGAUAUGUCGCAGUGGGAAAACAGUAACACAAAGAGGGAAUACAUCAAAGUAAAAAAAAAAAAAAUGUAAUUUUGGAAGAUACCAACUUGAUUUGUCAGAGAUGAAUCUUAGAAAUGAUUACUG